UCCUCCUUUUUGGAGUGGUUGAGCUGAAUACCAGAACACAGGAUAUGCUUCACAUUGCUCUCAGUUUCACAGCAGCAGCAACAGAAGGAACAGCAGCAGAGGCAGCAGAGGCGGUAGGGGCGGUGGAUCAGUCGUGAGAACGACACGGUCUGCAGCCAAGAUGAGUGCCGGGGAUAUAGUGUGCACCGGCUGGCUCAUUAAAUCCCCCCCGGAGAAAAAGCUGAAGAGAUUUGCGUGGCGGAAGCGCUGGUUCGUGCUCCGGACGGGGCGCAUGUGCGGCAAUCCAGAUGUGCUGGAAUACUACCAGAGCAAGAACUCCAAGAAGCCGAUCCGAACCAUCGACCUGAAGGAAUGCGAGGUGGAGAUGCUCAACAACCAACUGAGGAUUAAGCGGGACUUUCACGGGAAGCACCUCUUUGUGGUGAAAACGUCUUCCCGUAUUUUUUACCUGGUUGCCAACACGGAGGAGGAAAUGAACAGCUGGAUCAGUAGCAUCAGUCAGAUUUGUCGUUUUGGGAACCUGGAGGAGGCAGAGAGCACAGAUGACGGGUCCUCUCUUACCCCCUCCUCCAUUCAGCCAUCAGUGGACAGUGAUCGAGUGUCUCUAGCGAGCCAACCAGACACCAUUUAUCCACCAGACUAUCUUCUUCUCUCACAGUGUGAAACAAGGAGUGUAACCACUAGACAAGACAGCUUCUCUAACUCUGACUUCUCUUUGGAGCAGAGGAUAUCAGACGAAGCAGCCAAGGACACACAUGCUGAGUUCUCCUCAUCCUCCAUUUCUCACAUAAGCCGCAGUCCAUCUCUUUACUCCAAUGGAAAGAUGGCUAGCGCUCCCUUCAGUGCACCCUGCAGCUUCCCAGUUUUGCCGUCCUCCUCCUCUUCUCCGCUCCAUCCCUUUGCUGCAAAUAUUUUUCAGUUUGACAAACCUUUCUGUCCCGUCCCGUUUGAAGCAACUGGAGACACCCAAACGCCACCCCCGCUACCGCCCAAGCCAAAUCACCUCUCAGAGCUGUUGAGUAACGGGGGAGCUCACAGGUCAAAGACAUUCAGUGUGCAGAAUUUCCCCGUCAGCGCACCAGAAUUUUUGAGGAGAACUUCAUUGUCCAGUUUGGAUCAUUUCAUCAUGGAAAAUGCUGAGAGCAGAUUAAUGAGGAACAGAAGACAAAGUCUUAAUUUGCCCUGUUUAAAUACUGUACAAGUUCAAAGCUACCAGGAUGAGUCUUAUGUCCCCAUGGCAUCCCCUUCCCCCUCAUUUACAUCUGUUGAAUGCGAUAGUUACAUCCCCAUGAGCCCGAGGACUUUCAGUUCCCUCAGUACAAAUGGCAGAGAUGAGUCUGCCUCAUCACUCUGCCCACUAAUGUGCCAACCUGGAGACAUUGCACCGCCUCCAGUUCAGCGGCACCUCAAGCCUCGCUUACGGAGAGCUCGACCUCCACCUCUUGACCUCAGAGGACUUUCAACAAUAACUGAAUUUCCCACUCAUAUUCCUCUAAGCCGAGUAAUGACUGAUUCAGGCUUUCCACUGACCCACUUACCUCUUGACAUAAGGCUUGAAAGUAGGGAAAGUUCAAACGAUGAAGCAACAAACUGCUCUGCCCUGGAAUCAGGCCAAUUAUUCUGUCUCCCCUUUGAUGGAGCAACUCAGCCUUGGAAGAGAAGCUCAAACCUUGAUUAUCUGUCACUCGAUUUCAACUCUGCAUCUCCCUCCCCCGUACAGAAGCAGAAGCCAUUUCUUUCUGAUGAGUACAAAGUGGACUACGUGCGGGUGGAUGAGAAGAAGACUCAGGCCCUUCAGAACACCAAAAUGGAGUGGAAGGAUGUCAGGCAGUCAAAAACUUGAACAUGUUUGAUGACACAAAAAGAUCAAUAAUGAAAAAAGACUAAGGUGGACAUAUACGUGAAGGAUUGUGGGGAAAGCACGUUGAAAAACAGCACUGAAAUAAAACUCACAAAGCCAUGAAGCCAUGAGAUGAUUGUUUUUCUAGAGGAAAACAAAAUUGCACUCUGUAGAACAGAAAUGUACAUUUUACUUCAUCAUACCAUGCUCACUGUGAUUUUUCAACUCAUUGUAGCCUUAGAUUCAAUCAGUUUUUUCAAAAUGAAAAAAUGUGUGUAAAUAUAUGUAUAAGUGUAAUAUAAAGGUCUAAAUCCAUA